CACAUCAAGAGAGAGAAAGAGAGACAUCACUAUUCAUUACUCAUGUUUUGUUUUUUCCUUUUUCUUUCUCAUUCUCAGUUAAUGUUGUUGUGCUACUUCACUCUUUUUUUUUUUGUACACACUCACUUCUCACUUUCACACACACACACACACAGCACACAACAACACACACUCUCUCUCUCUCUUCUGUGCUCUUCUGUCACCCACCGCUCUUUAAUUCCGCAUGAAACCGUUGAACGUUUUUCAACUCUCUGCCUUCAUAAGGGACCUCCAAUUCUCUACCACCACUGCACACACCCUUUUGAGUUUUGAUUCUCUCUCCUCACAUAGAUAGGUGGAAUUGAAUAUUGAGGGGUUUGAAGGUCUAGUAAAUGCAUGGAUCGAGGGGACCAAAUGACAUUACCUGGCUCUGCAUCUUACUACAUGCAGAGAGGGAUACCUGGUGCUGGAACUCAAUCUGAACUGCACAACUCGCCUAAUAUUAGACCAUUGUCUAAUCCUAAUUUACCAUUUCAAUCAAGCAUUGGUGGUGGUGGUAACAUUGGAUCCACAUUACCAUUGGAGUCUUCAGGAAUUUCAUCUCCAUGUGUCAAUGUGAGUGUUCCUUCUGGUGCUGUGCCAGGGGAAUCUGUCAAAAGGAAGCGAGGAAGGCCUCGAAAAUACGGGCCGGACGGAACUGUGUCGUUGGCAUUGACUCCAACACCAGCAAGUCAUCCUGGAGCCCUGGCACAAGGCCAGAAACGAGGUAGGGGGCGCCCACCAGGAUCAGGGAAGAAACAACAGUUGGCUUCUCUUGGUGAACUGAUGUCUGGUUCAGCUGGGAUGGGUUUCACUCCUCAUAUCAUUACCAUAGCAGUUGGAGAGGACGUUGCCACAAAAAUCAUGGCAUUUUCUCAGCAGGGACCAAGAGCUAUAUGUAUUUUGUCAGCCAAUGGUGCUGUGUCUACUGUGACUCUUCGUCAACCUUCAACAUCAGGUGGCACAGUCACAUACGAGGGACGUUUUGAGAUAUUGUGCCUGUCAGGCUCUUACUUGGUUGCCGAUGGUGGUGGUGGCUCGCGCAAUCGAACUGGUGGAUUAAGUGUUUCCCUUGCAAGUCCUGAUGGCCGUGUCAUUGGUGGAGGAGUUGGCGGAGUUCUUAUUGCUGCAAGUCCAGUUCAGGUGAUAGUUGGAAGCUUUACAUGGGGUGGAUCAAAGACAAAGAUCAAGAAAAAAGAACCUUCUGCUGAAGUGGCAGAAGUUGCUAUAGAGACUGAUCAUCAGACAGUUCAUAAUCCAGUUGCAAUGAAUAGCCUCUCGCCAAAUCAAAAUCUUACUCCAACCUCAUCUUUGAGUCCGUGGCCAGCAUCACGACCGUUGGAUAUGCGCAACUCUCAUAUUGACAUUGAUUUAAUGCGCGGGUGACAAUUUAUUUGCAUAUGCCAGUACUGAGUAUAUAUUUCAGAUUCAUGGUCACUCAUCUAAUUUUUCUGUAGUAGUAACUACAGCAUGGGAAGUACCAACAACAGAGUAGAAGCCAGCUGACUUAUGGAAAUUUGAUAAAAUGUCACCUAUCUCUCUACCCAUGAUUGACUGUAGGGUUGUACUCAAUAUUUUUGUAGCUGUGAGGAAUUUUAAUUCGAAGAUUUCGUGUUCUUGGUUGAAUACAGACUGUUGUUUAUAUCCUAUUUGAAAGAAAUUGACAUUGAGGUAGAUGCUUUGUGGUUUUGGGGCACAGAUUAUGAUAUAAACGAGUGUGACUUUUGUCAUUGAACUAUGGUCUCCUGAAAGGUAAUGACAAAGGGUGCAUGAAGAUUUACUACUA